UUUGCUUUCCCUCUCUUUUCUUUUUCUUUUGUCAAUUGCCAUCAUCUUCCCUUCUGUUUCUAUAGUCGAUCAACUUCAACAGUUUCUUAUUGCUCCUGUUAAGUGGGAAAGAGAAAAUAUUAAUUAAUAUGUGAAAAAAAAUACAACUUAAAAAUUGAUUUCUUAACUUCUGGAGACAAAUACAAUGGUGUUUGUACAGAGUGCAUGAAAUUUCUCAACCACGUUAAUAGGACUCUUAAGGUGCUUUUCUGUAUUUUUCUCUUAAGGUUUGUUUCUCCUAACCACUUUUUUAUUGACAUUUUUGGUUAAGACUUAAUAAAAGCAAAAUUACCUGUUUUCAUCUGUUCAGUAAUUGUUUUUCAAAUCUUUGGUUGUGUUUCAAAUCUUUGUUUGAUCAGUUGGUUUCUCUGAUAUUAUUGUUUUGGAACUUUGAUUGAUAAUAUAAUUUAUUAAGUGCAUUUGUUACAAGAGAUGGACCCAAAAAUACCAAUAGAAGAUCAAAUUUCCAAGUUACAUCCAUGUCUACCUGUAAAUACAAGAAUUGGAAUAAUAGGAGCAGGUCCAAGUGGCAUAUCAGCUGCUUAUGCACUAUCUAGGCUUGGUUACUCUAACGUGACGGUAUUGGAAAAGCAUCAUACAGUAGGUGGCAUGUGUGAAUCAGUCGAAAUUGAAGGAAAGAUUUAUGAUGUGGGUGGUCAAGUGCUUGCUAAAAAUAGCGCGCCAGUCAUCUUUCAACUUGCAAAGGAAACCGAGACUGAAUUGGAAGAAAUGGACUUACACAAGCUUGCUCUAAUUGACAGCUCCACAGGAAAAUAUGAGGACAUUGAAGUUGCAGAUGAUUAUAUAUCUCUAAUCUCACUGACCUUAGAACUCCAGGAUAAGGCAGAAGAUUCAGGUCAUAUUGGAGUCCAUGCUGUGAGUGGAUUUGCUUCAGAUUCAACUCCAGCAUUUCUUGAGUGUCGCGGAUUUAAAUGUAUUCCCAAAUCUGUGGCUCAUGGAUACACUGCUUCAGGUUAUGGAUUUCCUCAGGACAUGCCUUACGCGUACAUUCAUGAGUUCACUCGAACUUCUAUGGCUGGAAAGAUCCGGCGCUUCAAGAGUGGAUACACUAGUCUCUGGCAGAAGCUCAUCGAAUCACUUCCAAUUGAAGUUCUUUGCAGAACUGAAGUACUGGCAGUCAGACGCAAUUCUGACAAUGUUAGUGUUGAUGUAAGAAACUGCAAUGGGGAAGUCAAAGUGAUGAAGUUUGACAAGAUAAUUGUUUCUGGUGCUUUUCCUUUCAAACAUGGAAAAACUUACAGAUCACCAACUUCAAAUUUGACAGAACUUGAAAAUGAAGUGAUGGAGCUUGAAGAGCUUGAAAGAGAGUUAUUCAGCAAAGUUCAGACAAUCGACUAUUACACCACUGUUUUAAAAAUCAAAGGACUAGAAGAUAUGCCAAAUGGAUUUUAUUACUUUAGGGAAUAUAUGGACGAUCCAUCAACAAUUGGACAUCCAGUUGCAAUGCAGAAAUUCUAUGCUGACAGUAAUAUUUUCUUGUUCUUUUCUUAUGGAAACUCUGUUGACAUUAAGGGACCAACUGUCACUGAUCUUGCCAUCAAAGUAGUUAAAAACAUAGGAGCAGAAGUUGAGGAAGUGGUUCUACAAAGAAGAUUCCGAUAUUUUCCUCAUGUUAGUAGCCAAGGUAUUGCUGGUUGAACUACUCCUACAAGUGUGACGUUGAACUCUUCCAGAUGAGGUUAUUAAUAUCUUUUUCUUUAUUUUGAUAUGAAAAAAGAUAUGAAGGAUGGAUUCUAUCAGAAAUUGGAAUCUGAGCUUCAAGGUCUGCAUAACACUUACUAUGUAGGUGGGCUUAUGGCAUUUGAGCUUACAGAGAGAAAUUCAUCUUAUGCUAUGGCUCUGAUGUGCAAACACUUUGCAAAUAACAAUCCUUUGCCACGGUUUCCAUAUGUCAAGAGUCUGUUCACAUUGGAAUCGGAUCGCUGGGACAGAAAACCAAAAAAACUAGGAGAGCUUCCAGGUGUAGAGUUUCCUGAUCUAUCUACGCUUACCGGCUACUUGAAACACUGGGGAACACAUAGACACACAAAAAAU